GGCGGCAAGAACCGCAGACGAGGAACCAAGGAGAACGAUGACCAGCGCCGAGAGCUGACCUUCAAGGAGGACGGCCAGGAAUACGCCCAGGUCGUCAAGAUGCUUGGCAACGGCCGACUCGAGGCUAUGUGCUUCGACGGCAGCAAGCGUCUCGCAAACAUCCGCGGCAAGAUGCGCAAGAAGGUCUGGAUCAACCAGGGCGACAUCAUCCUCCUCUCCCUGCGAGACUUCCAGGACGGCAAGGGCGACGUCAUCCUCAAGUACACCGCCGACGAGGCCCGCAACCUCAAGAACCUGGGCGAGCUGCCCGAGAACGCAAAGAUCAACGAGACGGACACGUACGGCCAGGACGGCGACGACAACGCCGGCUUCGAGUUCGGCGCUGACGACUCCGAGUCCGAGUCCGACUCUGGCGAGAAGAAGGAGCUCGACAUUGACGACAUCUGA